AUGACAACUUCGGAGGGAAAAUCGCGCUACGGGUGGAUCUAUAAGUUAUCGGAGGAUCGCUUGCGGGAGGAAUUGGCGCGUCGUGGACAGCUGAGCGGCGGGGAUCUCGCGGCAUUGCCCGACCGCCUAUUGCGUUACGAGAUGGAAAAGCCGAUCGAGACCGCGUCGUUGCACGACGCUAUCGAGAUGCCGACCGUGCAACGGCUACCUCCGCCCUCUCCGCCGAUGCGACCGGACAGUCCGGGUGAUCUCGCGAUGGGCAACCUCCGCAUGGGGGAGGACGACGACGCGAUUCCCGCGCGCGCUUCCUCGAGACGUGGGAUGCUGCCGCUGCGCGGGGGCGGAGGACAACCUCCACCUCCCGGCGGGCCGCAGCAUUCGGUUACCGAGAUUUUUAACAUCUUACGAAAAUGGAAUUUGGCGUUUUCGGGCUCUCGCGGUAGCGACGCGGAAGCAUUUUUAGUGCGUAUUGAGGAGGGUCGCGCCUUACUGCCCGUUUCGGACGACGAUCUUUUCCGGUGUCUGCCGUUCUUUUUAUCGGGGACGGCGGGGGAGCACGAGACCGUCGCCGAUUAUUUGACAUGUAUGCAGGCGUUAUUCGACCGAUUAAGCCCGCCGUGGACUCUCGAAGAACAAUUAAACUACGCGCAUCGGAAUAGGCUGCCGCGAUUACAGAUAGCGAUUCGCCGGGACGAAUUUAGAAGUUUCGCGUCAUUGGAAUUAUUGGCGUCGCGAAUUGAGGUGAGCCACGAUGCUGCCACCCGUUAUCGCGCUCCACCCGCGCCGGAGCGAUCUCUUUUUCCGGAAUUAGCCUAUCGCUCGCCGAAGAAGGCCGCGCGCGCGUCUGCGGUCGUCGCAGAGGGUGUCGCGACGGUGAGUCCCGGGGGGCGUAAGAAAUCCGCGAAGCCAACAAGCACCACCGCCGCCGCGCCGACGGCCGCGUCGACGAGUACCGCCUCCGCAGACCCCGCCACCGCUUCCCCGCGUACCAGCACCGCUAAGUGCUGGAACUGCGAUAAAAUCGGUCACAUUGCGCGCGAAUGCGGCGAGAACCGGCGGAUGUAUUGUUACCGUUGUGGUAAAACCGGCGUGACCGUGAAGUCGUGUGCCACGUGCGCGGGAAACGAGCCGGACGGGAUCCGGAUACUGCGACGGCUGGGGAUCCCGACGCUCCGCGACCGCGGCUCGCGGAUACGAACCGCGAACGGUCAAAUCGCCGCGAUCGCGGAGGAAGCCGACGUGACGGUGGAGUUGGAGGGGAGACGCCACGCUCUCUCAGUGUGCCUCUUGCCGAAUUUGGUCGUCCCGUGCGUGGCAGGUGUGGAUUUUUUGUGCGUUUUCGGCGUUAGUCUCGAUUUCACUGCCGUGGCGUGGACUUUUGCGGACGAGCCUGAUCGCAAGUAUCCGUUCGAGCUUGGCGGGAAAAGUAUCACGUCCGCCAUCGCCGGCGUUCCGGCCGGCGGCGGGCUUUCAGAGUUGACAUCGGAUCAGGAACGACGUCUAGAGGAAUUUUUAGAAAAACACGUACCAAAACAAGUCGCGAAUCCGGGUAUUACUAAGCUUACCGAGCAUCGCAUUGACGUGGGACAACACCGACCCGUGAAACAAAGGUGUUAUUUAGUUUCGCCGAAGGUUCAGGACGCGAUACGCGAGGAAGUCAACAAGAUGUUAGAAGCGGGAAUUAUAGAACCGUCGUUUAGCGAAUGGUCGAACCCCAUUGUGAUGGUGAAAAAGGCCAUGGGCAAAUAUCGGUUUUGCCUUGACUUUCAGAAAAUAAACAGUAUUUCGAAGAAGGAUGCGUACCCGCUACCAAAUAUGAACGGUAUUCUCGAUAAGUUGCGACCCGCCCAGUACAUCUCAACGAUCGAUUUGAGCCAAGCGUAUUUUCAGAUUCCUUUGGCAAAGGAGAGUAGGGAAAUUACCGCGUUUAGCGUACCGGGUAAAGGGUUGUAUCACUUCACUCGCAUGCCGUACGGAUUGACGGGGGCGUCCGCGACUUUUCAACGACUCCUCGACAAACUGAUCGGCCCAGAGAUGGAACCGCACGCGUUCGCGUACCUGGAUGACAUCGUCGUGGUCACGUCCACGUUCGAGGAACGUUUAGAGUGGCUCCGACGGGUCUUGGAUAAAAUCGCCGCAGCCGGUCUCACUAUCAAUCCGGGGAAAUGUGAAUUUUGUCGCUCACACGUUCGCUACCUCGGCUUCGUUGUGCAGAGGGAGGGGCUAACAAUUGACCCCGAUAAAGUGCAACCGAUCUUGGAGUAUCCGGCUCCGCGCAAUCUAAAGCAAUUACGCCGUUUCCUCGGGAUGUCGUCCUGGCCGUACCUCGAAGGUUACAAAUUUACUGUGAUAACCGAUCAUAGUAGUUUACGCUGGCUUCACCAUCUCAAGAACCCGACGGGUCGACUAGCACGGUGGGCAUUGGAGUUGCUCGAGUACGACUAUGAAGUUGUACAUCGUAAGGGCGCGCAGCACCAUGUUCCGGACGCCUUGUCGCGAAUGUUCGAGGGGGAAACCGAGCCCGCCGUGGUCGCGGUCGCCGACGCGAUUAAUCCACCGAACACGCAUGACCAGUGGUACCUUAAAAAAUUUCGCGAGGUGGGGGAGGCAAAGAAAAACUGUACCGACUGGAAAAUCGUGGACGGGCAACUCUAUUUCCUGAAGCCGCGCCCGGUGACUUCGGCCAUCGUCCCCGAUCUAGACCGAUGGAAGUUGGUAUUGCCACGGGAAUUGCGGGAGGAGGUUCUGCGUGAAUCUCACGACGAUCCGCAGUCCGGUCACUUGGGGGUCGACAAAACACACAACCGCUUGAGUAUCGCGUACUACUGGCCGAAUGCGUUUCGCGACGUGACAGGAUACGUGAAAGGGUGCGAGAUAUGCCAGCAGACAAAGGUCGAACAAGCCAGUCCCGUGGGAUUGAUGGGCCGUCGCGUAAUAGAGGCACCGUGGACGGUUAUCGCGGCGGACAUCAUGGGUCCACUGCCGCGAAGUAAGAACGGCUACUCGUAUCUCCUCGUGAUACAAGACCUGUUCACUAAAUGGGUCGAAUACCAAGCGCUGCGAACCGCAAACGGCAAAAAGAUACGGGAAGCCCUCGAAAAUCUCGUUUUGUCGAGGUGGGGUACGCCAAAAUUCCUACUAACGGAUAACGGGACCGAGUUCGUGAACCAGACGUUGAGAGCUUUUGCGCAGGAUUUCGGGAUAACGCACACCACCGUCCCGCCGUACCACCCGCAAGCCAACCCCGUGGAGAGGGUGAACCGGGUAUUGAAAACAAUGAUUAUUGCGUUUCUCGAUCGUGACCACCGCGACUGGGAUCUCCAUAUCCACGACUUCCGUUUCGCGUAUAACACCGCCCACCACUCAUCCAUCGGAACCUCGCCUGCGUUUUUAAAUCUCGGUCGUGAAUUAGAACCAAUUAACUCUUUGCGUCGUCGUUGCCGCGACGCUACCGAGGUGGCCUCGGGCGAAGCGGGGGACUGGUCACGACGUAUGCAAGACUUGCAAGCGUUGCAUGCGUGGGUUUCGGAGAAUCUUGAGCAAGCAUACCAAAAACAAGCGUAUUACAACAAACACCGGCGUGAUAAAACUUUUGGGGUGGGAGAGCUCGUUUUGAAGAGACAGCACGUUCUAUCGUCCGCGGCUCAAAACAUCGCGGCGAAGUUGUCACCGAAAUUCCAUGGACCAUUCCGAGUUUCGAAGGCCCUUUCGCCGGUCGUAUACGAGCUCACCGACUUAGACGGAACCGCGAUGGGGAAGGCCCACAUAAAGGAUUUAAAAGUCUACCACAAUCCCUAG